AUGGUCUCUCCUGAUGAAGGAUUCAGUUCUGAUGAAGAAGUGAAUGGGCCAACAAAACCCCUGACGAAAAAAGAGAAGCAGGAGUUGGAGCGUCGUCGGCUGAAGAACAAGAAAAAGAAGUUGUCAAAACGACGGCGUGGAGCAGUAGAGGAUGGCGAAACGGUCAAUGAUGCUGCUGCUGGUCCGGAGAAGCAGGAGUCUGACGCAGACGCACAAAAUGAAGGAGAACAAAACGGGCCUAAAACACUGGCAGAGACUCUCGAAGUGGAGAUAGACUACGUCGGGGAAACACCGAAGUUGGACGAGAAUGAUCCCAAUUAUCAGUAUUUCAAUGCGAUUUUCAAUGCUUUCAAGAUUGAACCGAACGCUGAUGGCGCCGAGGGAGAAGAUGCUGUUUCUUCCGGGAAGGACCACAAAAAGGAUGAAGAAAGCAAUCGUGCUUCCAUCUCUGAGAAAAUUUUGCAAGAAGAAAUGAAUGACAAAUUGAAUGAUUCUAAUGACCCUGAGAGAAUGUCAAGGAGGAAGCUUCGUUUGGCUAUGCAACCGAGUAUUGCAAAGUUAAAGGAGUCUACGCGUCGCCCUGACGUCGUUGAAUGGGCAGAUGUAACUUCAAGAGAUCCAUUUAUACUUGUGGCACUAAAGUCUUACCGCAAUACUGUACCCGUUCCUCGUCAUUGGAAUGCCAAACGAAAAUACUUAUCUGGGAAACGCGGAUUCGAACGCCCUCCUUUUGAACUCCCUGACUUUAUCAAACGUACUGGCAUCCAGGAUAUGCGUGAAGCUUUGUGGGAAAAGGAAGAGAAUCAAAAUCUCAAAUCGAAAAUGCGUGAACGUGCCCGCCCAAAGUUGGGAAAAAUUGAUAUUGACUACCAGAAGUUGCAUGACGCUUUCUUCAAGUGGCAGACGAAACCACCAAUGACUAUGAUGGGCGAACUCUACUACGAAGGAAAGGAAGUGGAGACACUAAUGAAGGACAAAAAGCCGGGAAAUCUUUCCGAUGAACUGAGGAUUGCUCUUGGAAUGCCAGUUGGACCGAACGCUCACAAAUUUCCUCCUCCAUGGCUUAUCGCCAUGCAGCGUUAUGGUCCACCUCCAAGUUAUCCAAAUAUUCGCAUUGCUGGACUGAAUGCUCCUAUCCCUGAAGGAUGCGCAUUCGGCUAUCAUGCGGGAGGAUGGGGUAAACCACCAGUUGAUGACUAUGGCAAGCCGCUGUAUGGUGAUGUGUUCGGACAAGAGAACGGCCGUGCUUAA